GCAAGGCGAACUAACGUAGUGGGAACGGACAGUUACGGUUUGUUCAAAGCUCUCUCGAAAUAUCUGCGUGUCGUCCCAUUUCUAAAUUACACAAUUCAAAUAAAUUGAUAUUUGCUGUGUAACAGUUGCCUCAAAGGAGAACUAGAGUUAUCCGACUACGGAUAUUUGUGUAAUUAUCGGUGUUCUUACCUUUGCGCGCACACGGGACGGACGCUGAUGGCGGCCACUAUCGAGGAGCUGUAUCGUAACUAUGGGAUCCUUGCGGAUGCUAAGGACAACCUCAGCCAACACAAAGAUGCAUACCAGGUGAUCCUUGACGGAGUAAAAGGUGGACCCAAGGAGAAGCGCCUUGCAGCCCAAUUCAUUCCCAAGUUCUUUAACAGCUUCCCUGAGCUGGCAGAUGCAGCCAUUAAUGCACAGCUUGACCUUUGUGAAGAUGAAGACGUAUCGAUUCGACGGCAGGCCAUCAAAGAGCUUCCGCGGUUUGCUGUUGGUGAGAACAUCCUCAGGGUGGCAGAUUGUCUCACCCAGCUCCUCCAGACUGAUGACACAGCAGAAUUCAACCAAGUUAAUGGAUCACUCGUCUCUAUCUUCAAGAUUGAUGCCAAGGGUACUCUUGGAGGCCUCUUUUCCCAGAUCCUGCAGGGAGAGGACAUAGUGCGGGAGAGGGCCAUUAGAUUCCUGUCAGUCAAACUAAAGACCCUGCCAGAAGACAUCAUGACCAAGGAGGUGGAGGAUUUUGUCUUCGCAGAGACGAAAAAGGUGCUGGAAGACGUGACAGGUGAGGAGUUUGUCCUGUUGAUGCGUGUGGUGUCAAGCCUGCGGAUCCUGCAGACAGUCAGUGGGCGACAGCAAUUGGUGGAGCUGGUGGUGGAGCAGGCCUUCCUUGAGCAGGCCCUGAACCCUGCCGACCCAGACACUGUGGACCGCCUGCUGCAGUGCACGCGCCAGGCCCUGCCCCUCUUCUCCAAAAAUGUCCAUUCCACACGCUUUGUGACCUAUUUUUGUGACCACGUCCUGCCCAAUCUCAGCACCUUGACCAGUCCUGUGGCUGAGCUGGACAUUCAGUUAGAGGUGCUGAAGCUGCUGGCUGAAAUGAGUCCAUACUGUGGAGACAUGGAUAAGCUGGAGGCCAACCUCAACAUGCUGUUUAACAAGCUGCUGGAGUUCAUGCCCCUGCCACCAGAGGAGGGAGAGAAUGGGGAAAAUGCGGGAAGUGAGGAGCCCAAGUUGCAGUUCAGCUAUGUGGAGUGUCUCCUCUUCAGCUUCCACCAGCUGGGCAAGAAGCUCCCGGACUUCCUCCUUGAUAAGGUGGAUGCUGAGCGACUCAAAGACUUCAAAAUAAAAUUACAGUACUUCGCCAGAGGUCUCCAGGUCUACAUAAGGCAGCUACGAGUGGCACUGCAAGGCAAGACUGGCGAUGCACUGAAGACGGAAGAGAACAAGAUCAAAGUGGUGGCUCUCAAGAUUACCAACAACAUAAACGUGCUGAUCAAGGAUCUGUUCCACAACCCUCCAUCAUACAAGAGCACAGUCACACUUUCAUGGAAGCCUGUCCAGAAGGCAGAGGCAGUCGCAGCCAAGCGUCCGUCAGGUGAGGAAAUAGGCACAGGUGGCAGCAUGAAGAAACCGAUUAUUCCUUUGCCCAGGAGGGAUGCAAGGCAGAUCUACAACCCCCCCAGCGGCAAGUACAGCGCUACAAUCGGAAACUUCACUUAUGCGGGGCUUUAGGGGCAGCCGGGGACGAGGCUUCGGAGGUAGAGGCAACAGGAGCCGAGGCCGUAUCUACUGAAACAUGCUCUGUCUCACACACACACACACACACACACACACACACACACACACACACACACACACACACACACACACACACACACACACACGUUGGCUCAUCGGACUGUAGCACGUCAGGAUCCUUACCGUACCGAGGCGAGCUCCCCGCUGUUCCCUCUUUUUAACCUCUUUCUGUGUUUUAUUUCUGCCGUUCAAACACACGUCCAGGAAGUCCUGUUUUGGGGGGAUUUGAUUUGUUUUCCUGUCUUCAGCAGUUUUGAAUCUUCAUCAGACUUUUCUACCUGGCAUUUUUAAAUAUUUUUCCUUCCCUGUUCUACUCAGCCAAGAUGAUAGAUAGUUAAAGUAAAUCCGCAUGUUUUCUAUCUUUUUUUUUUCUUCUAAUUUUAUUGAGUGUAUCAUUGUGGAACAAAAGACUACCAUGUUGUACUUGAUCAAUAUUUUUGUUGUUGGAGAAAUUGAAGAGACCCUCUCAUUUUGCAUUAUGUUUUUAUUUAAUCUUUUUUGUUAAAACUUCAUUUGGAUUGGCUUACACUUGCUCCUUUGUAUAAAUCAGUGAAAUUGCUGUUGGAAUUUUUAUCAUAAACUUGUAAUGGAAGUAUGUAUUUUUCUUUGCAAUUUUAUUUUUUUAGAUAGGAUAGAGUUAAAAAUGAAACACAGAGAAGAAAACAUGAAUCAAAGGUUCUUAGUUGGACCCAAACCACACUGCAAUAAGACCCGAGUCCAUAUGGUGUGCAGCAAUCUGGUUGAGGUAUCAGGAUGAAUCUCAGUUGCCUUUCUCUUUGUGUUGCUAUUUUGAAAUAGUUGGGCUGCCAGUCCCAAAACUAGAAUGGCAUUUGAUGCCACCCAGCCCACCACAACAUUGUUUCAUUUUGGGAAUGCUGUUGUGUGAUCUGUGCUGCAUUUUUUUGGGUGUUGUAGGUACUUGUGAGCACUCAAAGACCUCAUUAAAAAAAAAUUUCCACACAAAAGAUGAGGGGUUUUGUGUGCUUACAAACUGCCCUCUUCACAAUUUGAAUUCUACUCUUGAUAAUGAGUUUAAAGACCAUUCUGAUGUUAUGACAUGGCCUUAAGGUUUUCUACUGCUCCACAAGCAUGAGCGGUCAGUAGAUGACCAGUUACAUUUGCAGAGGCAAACAGAUCCACAUAACAAGAAAAGAAUUAAAGCUGUUCAGUAGGGUGAUCAGCGACUGCGCUUUGAGUUUCUGUUGGACAAUUCAUCCACGGAUAAUGGUAUCUCCAAAGUUGAGUGACUCCAGGUGGAUUUAAAUUCGGUAAAAGGAUAGUUGGACAAUUGUUCUGAGUUUGAGGUGUUAAGCAGACAGCAGUAGGGGUACUGAAUGUAGUUUUGAUAAAACACUAAUUGACCUCUUCAAAAGGCUUGAAUGGUCUUUCUAUAAUGGCAAAUGUCAGUCACAAUUGCCACUAUGCUGAGAUCUGGGGUAUGGAACACCUUUGUUUAUAUGAUAACAUCAAUUUAUCAGUUAUAUUUUUAUUGACAACUAGGGUACAUGUAAUCCCCAAUAAUAUUUCUGCUAAAUGCAAACUUGGAGUUUAGCCAGCCUGGUUUUAUUUGUAUGAUUAAAGCCAGUUAGCUGACGAGACAUCCAUCUGAAUUUUAACGUAGCCUACAUUAGGACUGGGAGUGUAUUUAAGGAGUGGUAAUCAGAAACUGUCAUCUCUUCUA